UCGCUUGUCUUCCCCCACCACCCCGGCCAGGCUCUUGUUGUUGUUGAAUUCUUGUUUAUUUUCAUUAGGUAUGUGUUGUGUAUGUGGCUUGGGCUUGGCUGGGCGGCUUGGUUAGAGACGGGUACCUGGCGGUUAUUUUGGCGUCGUUCGAAAGAAUUGAGGGUAUGCUGAAUUCUGACGGACCAUGUCUGUGGUGAAUGAUGAACGUGAUUUGUAUCUGAGAAAUCCAUUCUUCACAAAGCACGAGCCUGGUGAUUUCACUCCAUUUUACACUGCUAUUGGCAUCUGCACUGUCAUUGGUGCUGCUCUGAUUCUGCUGAACGUUUUCUUCUGCUGCUGCUCCAGGCACAGAGAUUAUUGGACUGACUCUAAUACAGGAAAUCGGUGGGUGUUACCCAUUUGGUCAAAAACACCUCAUCUGCAGCCACCUUUGGAUUACACUGAAUUAGACAAGAGUUGGCUCCCGACUGUCGAGUACGUUGAAGAGCCUGUUUUAUACGAAGCCCACGAGCGCCUACCCACUGUAUAUUUGGAGCUUCAGAAAAGGGAGAGUGACAUUUGA